AAACACAGGAGGAAGCCAAGAUGGGGAAGAAGGGAUGGUCCACUUUGGAAAUAGUCCUUUUGGUCUUGUUUCUCUUGAUGACUGUAACGGCUAUCACUAUGAUAGUCCUUUAUGCCACAGGAGAACCUGGUAUCAUCAAAGAAGGAGACACUGAUUCAUUUGUUCCUCAGUGUCCCCAAAUUCCGCUAUCUGAAAGAGUAGACUGUUUCCCAGAUGCUGGAGCUUCACAGCUCAAAUGCGAGCAGCGUGGUUGCUGCUGGAGCCCUCAGGAUGAGAGAAAAGUCCCCUGGUGUUUCUUCCCCACCAACCAUGGAUACAUAGUGCAAUCAAUGGAGCAGCCAGACCCUUAUGUAAUUAGUGCCCAGCUGAAAAGAAUGUCCUCUCCCUCCCUGUUUGGUGCGGAUAUUGAGGAUCUGUCAUUUCAUGCAGAAAUGCAGACCAGCAAUCGACUUCAUUUUAAGAUCUUUGAUGGCCAGAAUAACAGAUUUGAGGUCCCACAUGAACACAUCCCCAAGGUCAAAAGUAAAUCAUCCACCCCUAUCAGCGACACAUUGGAGAUCACACAAAACCCAUUUGGACUCACUGUGCGCAGACAGGAGAACAAAAAAGUUGUGUUUAACACCAACAUGGCUCCUCUGGUGUUUGCAGACCAGUACAUACAGCUGUCUGCUAAACUUCCAUCUCAUAAUAUCUAUGGCCUCGGAGAGCAUGUGCACACCAGAUAUCAGCAUGACACAAACUGGAGAACCUGGCCAAUUUUCGCCAGAGAUUCUUUUCCUAAUGGGGGAACACAUAACCUCUAUGGACACUACCCCUUCUUCCUCUGUCUGGAAGAUGAGAGUGGAAAGUCAUUUGGGGUCUUUCUCCUGAACAGCAAUGCUAUGGAGGUGACUCUGCAGCCUGCCCCAGCUGUGACCUACAGAACCAUCGGAGGAAUCCUUGAUUUCUACAUUUUCUUUGGUAACACACCAGAACAAGUAGUGCAGGAGUUCCUUGAGCUCAUUGGCAGGCCAGUCAUCCCUGCCUACUGGUCACUGGGAUUCCAACUUUCUCGGUGGGACUACGGGAACCUGACUGAAGUCAAGACAACUGUGCAGAGAAACCGUGCCGUGAGCCUCCCAUAUGUUUGGCCGGGGGAGACGGUCUUCCCAGACUACACCUCCCAAAACUGCAUCGAUUGGUGGGUUGAUGAGUAUGAGCGACUCUACAAGGAGAUCAAACACGAUGCCCUCUGGAUUGACAUGAACGAGGUGUCUAGUUUUGUGAAAGGGUCAAAUAAGGGUUGUGUUGCAAACAACCUCAACUACCCGCCCUACACUCCAAAGAUUCUGGAUGAGGUGAUGUACAGUAAGACCCUUUGUAUGGAUGCCAAGCAAGCCUGGGGAAACCACUAUGAUGUCCACAGCCUAUAUGGCUACUCUAUGGUGCUAGCUACAGAAAAAGCCCUGCAGCGUGUGUUUGGGUCAAAUCGUACCCUGAUGCUGACCCGCUCAUCCUUUCCAGGUGUGGGAAAAUAUUCAGGACAUUGGUUGGGGGACAAUGCUGCCAACUGGAAUGACAUUAAAUGGGCUAUACCUGGCAUGCUAGAAUUUGGUCUGUUUGGAAUCCCUUAUAUCGGAGCUGACAUCUGUGGCUUCUUUGACGACUCAAGUGAAGAGCUGUGCCGUCGCUGGAUGCAGGUGGGCGCCUUCUAUCCCUUCAGCCGAAACCACAACGCUCAGGGCUACAAGCCUCAAGAUCCAGCUGCAUAUGGUGCUGACUCAAUGCUGGUGCAGACCUCCAAACAUUACCUGAGGAUACGUUACACUCUCCUGCCGUACCUCUACACACUCUUCUACAAAGCCCACACCACCGGAGAGACAGUUGUACGGCCUGUCUUGCAUGAGUUCUACUCUGAUAGUGCCACCUGGAAUGUGGAUCGACAGUUUCUCUGGGGAAAACACCUACUCAUCACACCAGUGCUUGAUCCGGGUGUGGACAAAAUCCAGGCUUAUAUACCAGAUGCAGUAUGGUACAACUAUGAGACAAUGGAACGGCUGGSAGACCGCAAAACGAAUGUUGAACUGUAUCUGCCAGCUGACAAGCUUGGUUUACACAUCAGAGGAGGGGGCAUCCUCCCCACACAGAGACCUGAGGUCACCACUACAUACAGUCGGCUUAACCCCAUGGGUUUGAUCAUUGCUCUUGAUGACAACAACCAGGCAGCCGGGGAGCUAUUCUGGGAUGAUGGAGAUUCCCGAGAUACAGUAAAACAUCAAAAGUACAUCCACUACAACUUCGCUUUUGACAAAGGGCUACUGACAUUGCAGGUGACCAAUGCUAACUACAAAGACCCAAACAACAUUAUGUUUGAGGACAUCACAGUCCUUGGAGUGCCUGAUCCUCCCACAUCCAUCACCGUGACUCACAUUGGAAGUUCUUCAAACUCAACCCUCCCUCUUCCAGACACCAGCAUAAGUCAUGAUGGAGCCAAAGGGGUGCUUUUCUUAACAAAUCUAACUUUAAUCCUGGGGGAGACCUAUACAAUUGGUUGGGAUAUGACACCUGCAGAGCGUUUUGACUGCCAUCCAGAGGAAGAUGCAGACGAGGCCAAAUGCACAGCCAGAGGCUGCAUCUGGAAGCCAAGCUUUAUGGAAAAUGUUCCAUGGUGCUACUAUCCAGAAGACUAUGGUUACUCUGUUACAACAAAUGCUGAAACCCCUUCUGGCAUCACCCUUGAUAUCACUCGGAACAAGAAAUAUAAGUCCAGUGGUCGCCCAGAGUCGCGGGACAUCAACAACCUCCGUGUUCAGAUUCUGUAUCAUAGCAGUCACAUGCUCCAGUUCAAGAUUUGGGACCCAGCCACUCAGCGCUAUGAAGUACCAGUGCCUCUGUCUAUUCCCACAACUCCUGACACAGAUGAAUCCAAAAGGCUUUAUGAGGUCUCCUAUACUUCCAAUCCAUUUGGCAUCCAGGUUACAAGGAAAAGCACAGGGACCAAAAUCUGGGACUCUGCUGUGCCAGGUUUCACCUUUUCAGACAUGUUCAUCCAAGUGUCGACUCGACUGUCAUCCGAGUUUGUGUACGGAUUCGGAGAAACAGAGCAUCCCACCUAUAAACAUGAUCUCAACUAUCACACUUGGGGCAUGUUCUCCAAGGACCAGCCUCCUGGUUACAAGUUAAAUUGUUAUGGUGUUCAUCCCUUCUACAUGGGCCUUGAAGACACAGCAGAUGCUCAUGGGGUACUGUUGCUAAACAGUAAUGCCAUGGAUGUUACAUUCCAGCCUACUCCAGCUCUAACCUACCGCACCAUUGGAGGAAUUCUGGAUUUCUACAUGGUCCUGGGACCAACUCCUGAAAUGGUUGUGCAGGAGUACACUGAACUGAUUGGACGACCUGUUCUACCUGCUUAUUGGUCUCUUGGGUUCCAACUCUGUCGCUAUGGUUAUGCCAAUGAUUCAGAAAUUGAAAGUUUGUACAAAGACAUGGUGGCAGCUGGCAUACCCUAUGAUGUGCAGUAUGCAGACAUCGACUACAUGGAGCGUCAACUUGACUUUGUCCUGGAUUCAGACUUUAAAGGACUGCCAGCCCUGGUUGACUCAAUGAGAAAAGAAGGCAUGAGGUUCAUCUUCAUCCUGGAUCCAGCUAUUUCAGGCAAUGAAACCAGUUAUCCUGCUUUUGAGAGAGGAAAAAAUGCUGAUGUUUUCAUCAAAUGGCCCAAAGAGCUCAGUGAUGAAAUUGUAUGGGGAAAGGUCUGGCCUGAUUUUCCUAAUGUUAAUGUAAAUGAAAGUCUUGACUGGGACACUCAAGUACAGCUCUACAGGGCAUACACUGCAUUCCCAGACUUCUUCCGUAGUCAGACAGCAACAUGGUGGAAACAAGAAAUCAAAGAUUUCUAUGAAAAAACAACAAAGUUUGAUGGCCUUUGGAUUGACAUGAAUGAACCUGCCAGUUUUGUCCAUGGCACAGUUGGAGAAAAGUGUCUCGGAAAUCCCCUUCUAGAGAAUCCACCAUAUAUGCCACCUCUGGAGUCGAAACAUCUUGGCUUAAACCACAAGACUCUUUGCAUGAACAGUGAACAGGUUCUCAGCACUGGAAAGAAAGUCAGGCACUAUGAUGUCCACAACCUCUAUGGAUGGUCUCAUGCCAAACCUUCUUAUGAUGCCCUGCUGGAAGUGACAGGUAAAAGAGGAAUAGUGGUGACCAGGUCAACAUAUCCCUCCAGUGGAAAAUGGACUGGUCAUUGGCUGGGGGACAACAAUUCAAGCUGGGAUCAGCUGUACAAAUCUAUUAUAGGCAUGCUGGAGUUCAGUCUGUUUGGCAUCUCCUACACUGGAGCAGACAUAUGUGGGUUUUUUAACAAAGCAGAGUAUGAGAUGUGUCUUCGCUGGAUGCAGCUGGGUGCCUUCUAUCCAUAUUCGCGCAAUCACAAUGGCAAGGGUAACCCAAGACAAGAUCCUGUUGCUUGGGAUGAUGCAUUUGCUGCUYCAUCUCGGAACGUCCUCAACAUUCGCUACACCCUCCUGCCUUAUCUGUACACGCUGAUGUUUGAGGCACACACCAAAGGAAGCACAGUUGUCCGGCCACUGUUGCAUGAGUUUGUGAAAGACAAAGCUACUUGGGACAUCCACAGACAGUUCCUCUGGGGACCUGCCCUACUUAUCACCCCAGCACUAGAACAUGAGCUGAUUAUAGAUGCCACGGACAAAUCCAUUCCUCUGCAUCUUGAUUUUACCGUAACUUGGAAGACCAGCAUCUGAAGGAUGUACUCUUGUUUUGCUCCUAAGUAAUUUAUGUCUAUGGGCAUAAUGGUCUCCUGUCAAACUUUAAUGAGUAGCAUCAGUAUUCAUCCCGAGAUUGCUGUGCCUUAAAAUUCAUCUUCAACAACAAAAAGAUACUGAAACACAAAAAUCAAUAAAAUAUCUGAUACUGUUCAAA